GCAACCCGCUGUAGGAAGAGCGGCGAAGAAGGAAAUGUCGGUGGUUCCACCACGGACCGUUCUAGGAUCAGUGCCCUUUUAGGCAAAAACAGAACGAUUGAAAUCCAUAAGAACAAACAAUAAUGGCUUGGUAAAACCAUGAAAGACAGCAAAAACCAAAAGUAAACAUCCAGCAUCUCUGUGACCCCAGCCGUGAACUUGUUAUAAAUAUAAAGCAUAUGUAUAUUUUGUAGAGCCAAAUAAGUAGGAGAAACUUGCCACAUAGCAGUAAAGUCACCAUUCCUCCAAGCCUCCCCUGUCAAUGGAAAUGGACGCGUCUCCCAGUGUCGUGGGGCUGGACGCCCAGGGGAACAUGGUGUUUACCGUGGUCAAACCAGUCAUGGGGAUCUUCCAGGUAUCAGCUGAGCAAACCAACAGUGUCGGUCAGAUGGGUGGGGAGUUGCCAGGUUUGUCCGGCACCCCUAUGACCCUUGUGGAAGGCCCGGGACAGCAAGCUGGAGUAGUAGUCAAUCCAACCCAAAUCCAGGCAGCGGACCUGGCCGGGAAUGUGGUCCACACACAGGAGCAGGCUCUCAGCCACAGCCUGGUGCCCCACGUGCCUUUUGCUGAGGUGUCAUCUCUCCUGGACCCCAACAUGAAGGGCUCCAAGGCUCGGAAGUACCUCAUCUCGUACGAGGAGAUCCAGCGGCGCCUGCAGCCCCCUGAGAGGAUGUCGCUGCGCUCGCUAGCAGCCUACACCAGGGUGAGCCGAGGGCCGGCCAGCAAGAAGACUCUGCUGGAGUCCCUGAACAUCCUGGGCCUAAGCCCCAGCACCACCACUGCUGUCUCCUCGUCCUUCUCCAAGCUCACCGAGGGCGACACCAGGGCACUAUGUCAUGACAUGAAGGACUUCUCACAUGACUACAUCGACUUUGGCAAAAUGGCCAAACAGCUCAUACCUGAGACCAACACAGUCCAGCACUGGUCCAAGAUCAUUGAAACCAAGAGCCACCUGGAGGACAUGAGGAAGUGCUUCCGUGACCCUGUGAACAGCGGUGCGUUCGACAACGUCACCCACGGCCUGGGCCUGGGAAUGAUUGACAUCACCCUGGACAUGAUCGCCAUGGUGAUCGACCGUCAGAUCCGCAUACUGUCGGGCGCUGCGGCCUCCGACCCCGCCGACUCCGGCCCACCAAUGAGACGCAUCCGCCGCCGUCACCGCAAGCCCCGCUGCAUUGAUGACGACAAGCCCCAGAGGGCAGCCCGAGGGGUGAAAGGUGUGGGGAAGGGUGUGGGGAAGGGGAAGGGGCGGGGCAGAGGCAGGAAGAAGGUACGGCCCGAGUGCGAAGCCCCUGUUAUCAUGGAGAGCCAGCAGCAGCAGAGCGAUGACGUGCAGAGUAGCGUCCUCACCCUGGUUUCUGUGGGGUAUGAGACCAUCUCCAGCGGCCUCACCACCCCAGGAGCAGUGUGAGAGCGUCCUGACCCAGAACCAUGCUCUCUGUGGAGGUCCAGAACUUUGGGAUUUUCGUAGCUGCUCAGGUCUGCCCCAUGGACAGGGCUGGAGAGGACAUUCACAUGGAGUGAUCAUGAUGCUCACUCCUUUAGUUUUUUACUUAGUUAGUGAUAGCAGAAGCUUGCUUGAGAUUGAUAAAUGCUUGUAACAGUAAUCCCCACCAGCACUGGAUGGAGGAUGAGACAGAGACAGAAAUACAUUUCUCAGAUUAGUUUGAUCCCAAAAACCAAUGCAUUAAUGUGCAAAUAUCAGUUCUCCAAGGCUUUCAGUUUGUCUCCUGUUCCUGUGUUCUCCCUUUUGAAGGAGAUCACAAUAUGUCAAUAAUCAGCAAGAGUAUGUUUAUAAUGAAACCAGAAUUGCUGGAAUGCUUGUAUUAAAGGCAUACAUU